AUGGGUAUCAAUUAUUUGAUUUUACUCUCUAGACAAGGGAAAGUCAGACUAUCGAAAUGGUAUAUCCCAUUAUCACAAAAGGAAAAGACAAAGAUAACGAGAGAGUUGACUGCGUUGGUGUUAGCACGUCGUGCAAAGAUGUGUAAUGUUUCUGAAUAUAAAGAUUCCAAAAUCGUUUACAGAAGAUAUGCUUCAUUAUUUUUCAUAGCAGGUAUAGAUAAUGAUGAAAAUGAGUUGUUGACAUUAGAAAUAAUUCAUAGAUACGUUGAACAAAUGGAUAAAGCAUAUGGAAAUGUUUGUGAAUUAGAUAUUAUUUUCAAUUUCCAAAAAGCGUAUCAUAUAUUGGAUGAAUUGUUGAUUGCAGGUGAAGUUCAAGAAAGUUCGAAGAAGGAAGUUUUAAGAAGAGUUGGUCAACAAGAUCAAUUUGAAACAAUGGAUCAAUUAGAUAGUGUCCUGACUUGA